UCGCCCCUCCGGUUUCCCAACCCCUCCCCCUCCCCACUCUCGCCCGCUUUCUGUCAGCCUCUCUCCCUCUCCCUCUUUCCCUCACUCCUUCCUCCGGCUUCCUCAUUCGCACCUGAACACACGCACCUGCCCGGACCCAGCUCCGCUCUCUCCUCCCUUCCCUUCCUCCCCACCUUAGAAGGAAGGCUCGGGCCUCGCCGCGGGAGCCUCGCGGCUGCGUCACCACUACCCUGCCAGACAAGAUGGACACCGCGGAGGAAGACAUAUGUAGAGUGUGUCGGUCAGAAGGAACACCUGAGAAACCUCUUUAUCAUCCCUGUGUUUGUACUGGCAGUAUUAAGUUCAUCCAUCAGGAAUGCUUAGUUCAGUGGCUGAAGCACAGUCGAAAAGAAUACUGUGAAUUAUGCAAGCACAGAUUUGCUUUCACACCAAUUUAUUCCCCAGAUAUGCCUUCACGGCUUCCAAUCCAAGACAUAUUUGCUGGACUGGUUACAAGUAUUGGCACUGCAAUACGAUACUGGUUUCAUUAUACACUUGUGGCCUUCGCAUGGUUGGGAGUCGUUCCUCUUACAGCAUGCCGUAUCUACAAGUGCUUGUUUACUGGCUCCGUGAGCUCACUACUGACACUGCCUCUGGAUAUGCUGUCCACGGACAAUUUAUUGGCAGAUUGUUUGCAGGGUUGUUUUGUGGUGACGUGCACAUUGUGUGCAUUCAUCAGCCUGGUGUGGUUGCGAGAGCAGAUUGUCCACGGGGGAGCACCGAUUUGGUUGGAACAUGCCGCUCCACCCUUCAAUGCUGCUGGACACCACCAAAAUGAGGCUCCAGCCGGAGGAAAUGGUGCUGAAAAUGCUGCCCCUGACCAGCCAGCCAACCCACCAGCUGAGAAUGUGGUGGUGGGGGAAAACCCGGAUGCCCAGGAUGAUCAGGCAGAAGAGGAGGAGGAAGAGAAUGAGGAGGAAGAUGAGGCAGGCGGGGAAGAUGCAGCAGAAGCCAACAAUGGGGCCCAGGACGACAUGAACUGGAAUGCUUUAGAGUGGGACCGAGCUGCAGAAGAGCUUACGUGGGAAAGAAUGCUAGGACUUGAUGGAUCACUAGUUUUUCUAGAACAUGUCUUCUGGGUGGUGUCAUUAAAUACACUGUUCAUUCUUGUUUUUGCAUUUUGCCCUUACCACAUUGGUCAUUUCUCCCUUGUUGGUUUGGGAUUUGAAGAACACGUUCAAGCAUCUCAUUUCGAAGGCCUAAUCACAACCAUAGUUGGGUAUAUACUAUUAGCAAUAACACUGAUAAUUUGUCACGGCUUGGCAACUCUUGUUAAAUUUCAUAGGUCUCGUCGCUUGCUGGGAGUCUGCUAUAUUGUUGUUAAGGUCUCUUUGCUAGUGGUGGUAGAAAUUGGAGUGUUCCCUCUCAUUUGUGGCUGGUGGCUGGAUAUCUGUUCCCUGGAAAUGUUUGAUGCUACUCUGAAAGAUCGAGAACUGAGCUUUCAGUCAGCACCAGGCACUACCAUGUUUCUGCACUGGCUAGUGGGGAUGGUGUACGUGUUCUACUUUGCCUCCUUCAUUCUCCUACUGAGAGAGGUACUUCGACCUGGCGUCUUAUGGUUUCUAAGGAAUUUGAAUGACCCAGAUUUUAAUCCAGUACAGGAAAUGAUACAUUUGCCCAUUUAUAGGCAUCUCCGAAGAUUUAUUUUGUCAGUGAUUGUCUUCGGCUCCAUUGUCCUCCUGAUGCUUUGGCUUCCUAUACGUAUAAUUAAGAGCCUGCUGCCUCAUUUCCUACCAUACAAUGUCAUGCUCUACAGUGAUGCUCCAGUGAGUGAACUGUCCCUUGAGCUGCUUCUGCUUCAGGUUGUCUUGCCAGCAUUACUGGAACAGGGACACACGCGGCAGUGGCUGAAGGGGCUUGUGCGAGCAUGGACUGUUACUGCUGGAUACUUGCUGGAUCUUCAUUCCUAUUUAUUGGGAGACCAGGAAGAAAAUGAGAACAGUGCAAACCAGCAAGUUAACAAUAACCAGCAUGCUCGAAAUAACAAUGCUAUUCCUGUGGUGGGAGAAGGUCUGCACGCAGCCCACCAAGCCAUACUCCAGCAGGGAGGGCCUGUUGGUUUUCAGCCUUAUCGCCGGCCUUUAAAUUUUCCACUCAGGAUAUUUUUGUUGAUCGUCUUCAUGUGCAUAACUUUACUGAUCGCCAGCCUCAUCUGUCUUACUCUACCAGUAUUUGCUGGCCGCUGGUUAAUGUCAUUUUGGACGGGGACUGCCAAAAUUCAUGAGCUCUACACAGCUGCUUGUGGUCUCUACGUCUGCUGGCUGACUAUAAGGGCGGUGACAGUGCUGGUGGCAUGGAUGCCCCAGGGACGCAGGGUGAUCUUUCAGAAGGUUAAAGAGUGGUCCCUCAUGAUAAUGAAGACUUUGAUAGUUGCGGUGCUGCUGGCUGGAGUCGUCCCGCUCCUUCUGGGGCUCCUUUUUGAGCUGGUUAUUGUUGCUCCUCUGAGGGUUCCCUUGGAUCAGACUCCUCUGUUUUACCCGUGGCAGGACUGGGCACUUGGAGUCUUGCACGCCAAAAUCAUUGCAGCUAUAACAUUGAUGGGUCCUCAGUGGUGGUUGAAAACUGUGAUUGAGCAGGUUUAUGCAAAUGGUAUCCGAAACAUUGAUCUUCACUAUAUCAUUCGUAAACUGGCAGCACCUGUGAUUUCUGUGCUCUUACUGUCCCUGUGUGUCCCUUACGUCAUCGCGGCUGGCGUUGUUCCUUUAUUAGGUGUUACUGAAGAAAUGCAAAACUUGGUCCACCGGAGGAUUUACCCAUUCUUAUUGAUGGUUGUGGUAUUGAUGGGCAUCUUGUCCUUCCAGGUCCGCCAGUUUAAGCGCCUUUAUGAACAUAUUAAAAAUGACAAGUACCUUGUGGGCCAACGCCUUGUAAACUACGAACGGAAAUCUGGCAAACAAGGCACAUCUUCGCCACCUCCACAGUCAUCCCAAGAAUAAAAUGGUUGUCUCAACUACCUUGACCUUCCCCUUGCCUUUACAUGUCCUUUUCUGUGGACUUCUCUUUUUGGAGAUUUUUCCCAGUGAUCUCUCAGCAUUGUUUUUAAGUUAAAUGUAUUCGACUUGUGUUCUCAGCAUUUGGAGAGAGCCGCAGCUUAAGGCUCCGCUGCCUUUCUGCGUCUUCUGACAUCACUGCUGUUUGAGAUCUGUACAUGUGUAAAUAGAAGUUCCUGGAUACCCCAAACCUUGGAUUAAACAGAAUGUGCAUUGUACAUCUUUAAACAAAUGUAUAUUAAUUUAUUAAAUCUAGUUGUCACUUUAUUUUGGACCUGCUGUGAUCUUGACAGGAAACGUGCCACAGAGCCACAGUGCAGAGGCAGGACGUACUAAUGACAUCUCCUGGAGCACAGUGUCAUGUGUUCCUAUCAGUUCUCAUUAAGUAAACUGUACGUUCAGUCUGUCUUGGCUAUUGACACCUUACCAAGAACAUAAAAGACAAACGGAAAUCAGCAGUGGAGCGUCUGCGGUAAGGAAACAUGAACUUCGUGCUUCACUGUCAGUCGUUUUUGGAAGUUACUUUGUAUAACACCAAAGCUGUUGUACAUUUUCUACUGCCUGAUUUUUUUCAUGUGUCUGUGUUUGUAAUAUUGUAUAGUAUCUUGUGCUCGGUGGGGAAAUGGUUUUUAAUUUUGAUAAUUUAAUAUUCAUAGUGAUUAGCAUUGGGAGUUGGGUUUUUGUGCUUGUUAGGGGCAUGACUAUACUUAGAGGGGGGAAAAAGUCCAAAAGAUUUUCAUUAGUCCCUUCACCCCCACUUUUCCCCAUACACGUGUCUUUUUUUUUUUUUGGCAGCAGUGGUAUACGUCAUGCAAGUUCAUAAGUCUUACAAAAUAACAUCACCUAGGACACUGCACUGCAUCUGACUGAAAUCACAACAUACUCAUGUCCCUUAGAUGUAGACAAGGUUUCUGGUCUGAGAUCAACAGCAUCAGAAGACUGUUAGGACACUUAGUCCUACUGGCUGGUGCAUUGCUGGGUGAGGAUUAGGGAGUACAUUUCUUGUUUUCUGUGAGUAAAUCCUGAGGUUUCCAGAGCUUUUUGUUUACAGAAUAAAACCACAAACAAAACCAAGGUGAUUUUAUUUGUCCAGAAGGAACACGGCUGAGCUGGCUGUUUAACAGAGGAGUACAGAAUGUAUUUUAUUGGAAAUGUGCUGUGAAAUCUGAAAACUGAACACAAACAUGGUUUUCCCUUAUAACCAAAGCUUCAGGUAGAAGUUUAGGGAAAUAGAACAGUUGGGCACAUGAUCCAGAUAUUUGAUGAUCAUGGUUUCUUGUGUGGAUAGUGUCUGUUCUCUAAUGAUAACUAAAGCUCUCAGAGAAAAUGAAAAGCAUAGUUCUUCAGAAACCAUACAAGAAGUUCCAUAUAGUAUUAAAGGCCAUAGACUCAAAUCUGAGGAUUUUUAAAAUUUGAAAGUCAGCCAAACAUAAGCUACUGAAAUCAAAAGAAAUGUAUUCUGGUGGUUUUAUAGUUGAACAAUUUUUCCCAAAGUGGUAAGCAAUUACUUUAAAAUAUAUUUUAAAAUAUCAGUAUCAAAAAACAAAGCUUGACAUAGGAUUCAGUGUUACACUUUUUUGGCAGUCUGCAGUAGGCCUUUUCUCUUGUAUUUAAAGUAAGGUCUUUGCGAUUCCUGCCUUCACUUAGAAAUUUAGUCCUACUGUGAAAAAUAAGGAGCAUUUUAAAAUGUCACCUGCCAUGGUUAAUGUCUAUACAAUAGAGAAAUACGCUACAAAAUUUGGUAUAUAAUUUGAUUAUAUUAACUUAGGUUUCUUUUUUAAUUUUUCAGAGACUUUGUAGAUCUUGAUAUAAAGUCAUUGAAACAUAUUUAUCUGUUUUACCACAAAGAUAUAGGCAGAUACCACAACAGUUUAAAAAUUGUUAUUCUACAAAAUUUUAAAUGAAUCUUACCAGAUAUUUUGUAAAAUAUAUAUAUAUAUAUAUAUAUGAAUGGCCAAAAGGUUGCCCUGCGUUUCACUUUCAGAUAACUUUAUCUUGUCUUAUUUAAUGAUUUUCCUUUAGUUUUUCCGUUGUGAUUUGUCCUGUUUUCAAAAAGAUGAAUACUUUCAUAGAAAAGCAUCUCUUGUCAUACUGUUUAUGUGGGUAGCACCAAGAUUUGACUGACCAGUCUUACAGAUGUUUGAAAUCUUUAGUUUAGGAACUGUUAGUAUUGCUGCCCUUCUUCAUGUAGAAUUUAUUUUUAAAAAUAGUGUAGUUUUGCUUCAUUUUACAUUGGGCUAAAAUAUUCUUCAAGGAGGUUAAUUAGCAAAGAAGACCUUUUUGCUUUACCUUUAUAAAGUGAAGACAAGUCAACAUUUAGGGUUAGUUUUUCAUGACCAGUUACCAAAUGGUCAUAGUAUGAGGUAUACUGUUGUUCAUUAUUAGCAAAUUAUGUUUGAUUUUUAAACUACUAAGUACUAAUAGUUGAAAUGAAAACUGAAGAGAAAUGCCAACGUGAAGUUUGUGUUAGGAGGCUAGCUUUAAAGAGCUCCAUGUUUUAGGUGAUCUUUUCCUGUUCUGCAGAGAAACAGUGGGUAUCGGACAUCUCAACUCCAAAUGAAAACAAAAGUAAUUUUUAUUUCAACAUUUAAUAGAGCUGUUAUUACUGUGGAUUUUUGUUUUGUGUUUUUUUCUUGCCCUUAUUUAAGAAAUAGAGAAUAACUUUUUGUCAAAUGAUUUGAUCUCAGAUAUGUAAUUUCUUUAUUGGCAAAAUGUUAUUAUUAAAGUGUAAUUCUUGAA